AUGAAGUCUAUCGCGCUUCGUCUGUUUGUGUUUGUAGCCCUGAUUGUGCUGGCCGCGGCCUGGACUAAAGAAGAUUAUGAAAUCUUUCGUCUCAAUGACGAACUCGCCGCUGCGGAAGGUCCCAAUGUGACAUUCUACGAUUUCCUCGGCGCCAAACCCAAUGCCAACCAAGACGAACUGAGCAAGGCCUACCGUCAGAAGUCCCGACUCCUGCACCCCGAUAAAGUCAAGCGGUCUUUCAUCGCCAACAGCUCCAAGGACAAGUCUCGCUCCAAGUCCUCCAAGUCCGGUGUCCAUGUCAACCAGGGUCCUUCGAAGCGGGAAAUCGCCGCUGCUGUGAAGGAGGCACAUGAGCGCUCCGCUCGCCUCAACACCGUCGCCAAUAUCCUCCGUGGCCCGGGUCGCGAGCGCUACGACCAUUUCCUGAAGAACGGUUUCCCCAAGUGGAAGGGAACCGGCUACUACUAUUCGCGAUUCCGUCCCGGUUUGGGAUCCGUGCUUAUUGGCUUGUUCUUGGUCUUCGGUGGUGGUGCGCACUAUGCUGCUUUGGUGCUGGGCUGGAAGCGUCAGCGGGAAUUCGUCGAUCGUUACAUCCGUCAAGCGAGGAGAGCUGCCUGGGGUGAUGAGUCUGGUGUCCGGGGUAUCCCCGGUCUUGAUGGUGCCUCGGCUCCUGCCCCGACUCCGGCACCGGCACCGGAGCCCGAACAGAGUGCUAUGCCUAUGAACCGUCGUCAAAAGCGCAUGAUGGACAGGGAGAACCGCAAGGAGGGCAAGAAAGGCGGCCGGGCGGCAUCCCGGAACUCGGGAACGGCUACGCCUACUUCUGAGCCUCAAAUGGAGCCCAGCGGGGAGAGGAAAAAAGUGAUUGCCGAGAAUGGGAAGGUACUGAUUGUCGACUCUCUUGGAAAUGUGUUCCUGGAGGAGGAAACGGAAGAUGGCGAACGUCAGGAAUUCUUGCUCGACGUUGAUGAGAUUCAGCGUCCGACAAUCCGUGACACGCUGGUCUUCCGCUUGCCGGGCUGGGUUUACUCUAAGACGGUUGGCAGGUUGCUCGGUUCUUCCAAUGCCGUGAAUAGCGGUGCUGAGUCGGAGGAGGAACCUUCCGAAAUCGUGGAGGAGUCGACUGAAGGCGCCGCCAGCUCUGCAAGGUCUUCCAAGGCAAGGAGGCGGGGAAAGCGGUCUCAGAGAUCGUGA